AUGCCGGUCGCAACCACGCCAGUCAUAAUGACCACGCCGGUCACAACAACCACGCCGGUCGCAACCACGCCAGUCACAACGACCAUGCCGGUCGCAACGACCACGCCGGUCACAACGACCACACCUGCCACAACCACCACGCCAUCUACAUCAAGUCCUACUACAAAUACUGCCACCACUCGUCCCUCCACUCUUGAGUGUAAGAAUAAUGGCAGUCUACAGAAUUAUGCCUCUACAGAGUUCUGCCUCUGUCCUGAUGAAUACACUGGAAAGUCUUGUGAAAUACCAAACUUCUGUCCUGAGAGUACUGUUGAGGGCUUGACGUUUCCAAAAACUGUCUUCGGCCAAUUUAGUUACUCAACAGAGCAGUGUGAAGCAGGAACACAAAACGCUAAUUUGCCAAAGGCCACCGCUCAUUGCACAAAUGGCACAUUUGAUAAGCUUCAGAGGCUGCAGUGCUCCUUAACUCUUGAUAUGAUUAAUGUAAAUCUUUCAAGUGCCAGUCAGGCAGACAGGCAGCUGUUAGCAUCCAACACUCAAAUCCUAACAUCCAUUCCUUCCACUCUAACCGAACAAAACAUCAGCGCUGCUGCCCAGAUAGCCAGCAGACUGCUGUCCACAACAGGUAUCACUGAGGACAUCGAGUUGGCUGCAGUGACCACGGUCAGCCAGCUUCUUAAUGCCAAUGAUAGCCAGUUCUCCACUACAACUGUUAAUUCUACCAACAAGUACGGCUAAUGAUUUCACCCAAGAUGUAGUUAUUUUGUACCUGGAUGAGAUACAGCACAGCCUUGUAUUGCAAGAGCCUCGGUCAAAUGACAUGUUUUGUUGAUUUACUACAAAGAUAAGUGAAAAUAAAUUCCUCUACGGGGGAAGAAACUUAACUGUGGUAUUUUCCUGCACAAUUUCUAUUUAUUUGCCAAGUUUAACAUAUUGGAAGAAAAUAAAAUACAAUAUAUAAACUGUGCCAAAUAUCUAGCACAGGCCACAUUUCAUCUUGUUAAAUUCAGCAAAUAAACAGUAAUUCAGCAGAAGUCUGUUUGCUGUAAAGGAGGUGUUAACUCAUUUUUACAAAUUAACAUCGCAUGUCAUUGACAUGAGCAGGGGUGCAAAGACUUAUGCACAUGACUGUAUAUGGUUUGCAUGCUUGUUUGUUGUCUCCACAGCCUCACCAGAACUCUGCAGAGUUUCUCAUUGAGCUCAGGAAAUGCAGGAUCACAGCUGGUGCAGCCAAACCUGG